ACUUCAUUCCGUUCCACCAUGGCCUUUGAACUUGAAGACCCAUACCUAAACUCUGCCUUGUCUGAAGUGGCCCUUACUCUCAAAAAUUCCCUUCUUUCUUCUGGCAAUGUAGAUGUAUUUCUUCCUAUAGUCACAUCUCCGCGUUUUGCACCUACUAUCCCUGAUGUCACGAAUUUCUUAACGAAGUCUUUCCCCAAAGUCGUGUCGGUAGACAAGACGCCUCACUUCAUCGUAGCUCUCGAUCCCAGUCUCGUUCGAGUGGACGCGCGUAUUGCAUCCUCCCUUGAGUGUAAUUCCCCUGGCUCUUCAUUUCUUGCUCUCGUCACAAUUCUUCACGGCGUCGCUCAUGCAACGCGUCAUGAGUUCGUACCAGCUGCUAUCCGAGGCAGCUGCGUAGUGAACGACAAAGACGAAUGGUUGAACGAUCCUGGGUACGAGGUGGAACAUGCACUUUUCGGUGGCAUCAUAGGUGUCGCGUUCGCUGGCUCCCCCACCGAUCCUAUCCUUCCCGAAAUUUCCUACUUCACAUUGUUUACUGAGGACGGGUACUUGUAUAAAAUUGACCUUGAGAAGGCAACUUCUUGGAUAGAAAAUGAUGAACUCGGUCCGUUUGAUCUCGAGCAGUUGCCGAAGGAAGAUGUUGCAACGGAAGAGGUGCAUUUACAGACGUGUGCUAGAGUAAAUACGCUAUGUGCGAACGUCACUGGGAAGUUCGCGUUUCGCAGUAGUGAGCAGCGACGAAGGCCGCCAGGUCCGCAUUGGAUUUUCCCUCGUCAACGAGAUAGAUAUUGAGCCCUUUGCUAUGCUAUAUGUAUAUUUUAUCACUUUCCUUGCUGAUUCCAAAUUAUUCCGGAAUAAUACCAUUAUACCGAUAUGAUAUAUUGAUAAACUCCUCUGUAAGUAAGUAAAGAAGAAGUAAAUUAACUGAUGGUUCGAUUCGAGACGGG